AUGCCUACAGCAACGGAUUUUGUUCAGGACUAUGCGGCAAAGCGGGCAGCGCAGAUGGAGCGUGCCAAGCGAAUUCGUGAGGAUCGGCGGAAGUUUCAGCAGGAACCACAACAGCAGCAGUCGUCGCAACAGCAACAACAACAGCAACAGCGGUCGCUUUCCCACGCCACAAACAGCAGCAACAACAAGAUGGACGACAGUCUCGUGGUGACCCCGUCCGUGCUGGCCACGGCAGCACGUAGUCGCCGCAUCGCAAAUGUGGUGGAGGAGGAUUUUAAGCGUGCCACAAAGGCCGGCAUCAUCACACCCGACCAGGCGCGUCAACUGUGGGCGAUGCUCUCGGAUCAGCUCGUGCAGGUCGAUAGCCCCGGGCCUAGCGCGCUGACGAGUAGUAGCUACAACGCACACAUUACGGCGCCCACAACGCAGAAGGCGCAAACGCGGGCAACGGCAAACUUCGGCAACAGCAUCUCGCUGGACUCUCUGCGCGCCUCCAUUGCCCAGUUUAAGGAGAAGCAAAAGCAAAAACAAAAGCAAAAGCAGCAACAGUGGCAGGAUGCCGUCGAGCGGCAGGAUUUAGUGGGAAGGGCAGGUAGCGGCGGCGGCGGCGGCGGCGGCGGUAUCACGAAUGAGGCGUAUGAGGUUGCGACCCGCAUGUUUGCGCCCCCGCCGUCAGGUGUGCUUGCAGGAACCGCCGGGGCAGCCAUGUCACGCUCCACACGCAGGGAACUUCACACCGGCAGUAAUGAACCUGCAGCUCUGCAAAUGGAACUUGCAGAGGGGCCAGCGGGUGACGAUGAUAUGGGUAUCCCUGGACUUCGACAAAGUUCAGUGGCGCGGAAUUUGAGGCGUGAUAAGCAGCUCUCGCAACCAACGAAGCCGGCGUGGAACUUUGAUGUGGAGGUAGGGCACAAUGAAGAGGAGGAGGCGGUGGCGGGGGCAAUUCCACCCAUGAAGCAUCCACUGUCCCGGCAGAAGCGUGGCACAGAGGCAGUCAACGCCGGCGGGGGUGCACAGCAGCGCAUUAACCCGCCCAUGCAGUUUGACGAGAUGCAUGUUGGGGGUGUGGCGUCUUCAAAGGCAAUAGAGGCGUCCCAGCGACCGCAAGUGCCGCAGUCUCAGCUUGGUGUUGCAAAGGUGCCAAUGAACAAAAUGAAGGUGAACAACGCCCCCGCUCAGUCUUCCUCACGAGGCACCACCUCUUUGGACGAUGUCGUUGUUGGUGCAGGCGGUGUGAAGAGCCUGGGUGACACCGCGGGGUCGCAGUCGUCGGAAAACCAACAUCUGCUGCCCUGUGGCUUGUGUGGCCGGAGCUUCCGCGCGUCCAUCCUCGCACGGCACGAGGCCGCCUGCGCGAAGGUGCAGAAGAAGCGGCGCACCUUUGACAUGAAAGAGCAAAGAUUAGAGGGCAUUGAGGGCAUUCGCGAGGCGCCUGCAGCGAAUAUCAAUGCCUCGCUGCGGGGCGGCAAGAGGCAGCCGGCGGGGGCAGCUGUUGCCAACUCCAACCCAGGCAAACUACCCAAGUGGAAGAUACAGCACGAACAAUUUCAGGCUGCUAUGCGUGCCAUGCGGCAAGUAAACGCGGAGGCAGGCGGCAACGGCAAUAACUUUGGUGGUAGCAAACAAAGAAAUCCGCUUCCGCCACCACCGCAGCCCUUGCCUGAGGAAUAUGACGACCGCGUGCCGUGCCCGCACUGCGGUAGGAAGUUUGCCGAGCUCACGGCGCAGCGGCACAUCCCGAAGUGCAUGACAACCAUUGCGAAGCCAAAGGGACUCCGUCCGACGCGCCGGUGA